CUUUUUUUUUGCAAAUACAACAACAACACUAGCUACGAAUUAAUCAUCAACAAUAACAACAACUACCCUAGCAAUAAUAAUAACUACGCGUUAACAAAAUCUAUCUUUUUCGGAUAUGCCUCUCUUCUUGUAAAAUAUUAAAACUAUAAUAAUUAAACCCUAGAAUAUAUAAUGAACCGUAUUUCUGAACCUAAUCAUACAUUACAUAAUACAUGGACCUUAUGGUAUCACAGUCCUAGAAGUAAAAUUAAUGAACAAAAUUAUAAGGCUUUUUUCACCAAAGUUAAAGCUUUUACUACAAUAGAGGAUUUUUGGCGAUUAUUUAAUAAUGUUCGUUCACCAUCAUGUUUACCAAUCGGAACAACAUAUUAUUUAAUGAAGGAUGCUAUUAAACCAGAGUGGGAAGAUCCAAAUUGUAUCAAUGGAGGAGAAAUGGUUUUUAGUUUUGCUAAAAAAUCAAGACAAGAAGCUGAUCAAUGGUGGUUGUUCUCUUGUAUUAUGUGUAUCGGAGAAAACUUUAUUGGAUUGGGAGAUCAUAUUUGUGGAUGUACAGUUGCAAACAGAAAGAGUAUGAUUAGAAUUAGUUUUUGGCUUGAUACUGAUGAGGAUGAAUACGUCAAACGUUUGGAAGACCAAUGCAAAGGUGCAUUUGACAUUCUCAGUGCUGGCUCAACCUUGUUCAAAUUCGAUUUUCGAUCAUUUAGAGCCAAUUUGUCCAAGAUAUCGAAAGCUGAUGAUUAAUAAAUAUUGGCAAAUCAUCAUGGACUAUUAAGAAUUCAAUUUUUAUUACUUUCAGAAUAUCUUACAAGGUUUUUAUGUAUUCAACAAUAUCUCACUUGACAAUCACUGUUGUUGUAAGGUUGUGUGAACAAUAAGAGACCUGUUUAAAGAUUUUUAAUAGACAUGAGCAUGAGUAAAUGAAGGAACCACCUAAAAGGGAAUAUUCAAAUUAAUAACAAUACAUCUCAAUUCCAAUUCC